UGACCCUCCCGCACGCCCGCAUGGACCCGUGCCGACCUCGCACAUCCCCAUGCGACCCCCACGACGACUCCUCAUCCAGGCGGACGGGCUGCGGCGAUGCCUCUGCCCCCGCCUAAACGACGUCGCCCUCUCACGGAGCCUCCUCACGUCCCCUCGCAACCUUUCCUCCGCUGCGGCCGCGGCCAUCGUCACGCCCCCGGUCGACCCGCCGCCCGUGUACGCCGCCCCUCCGCGCGCACCCACGCACUCCCGGCCCACGCCUGUACCACCCACCGCGCUCCCGCCCCUCGAGCAGAUAUCUCGCCUCGCCUCUCGGCGCUCGCCUGCUGUAUUCUCGACCGCAUCCUUGCUCGUAGCCUCGGGCGCGCUCGCGCCGUCUCUGCGUCUGUACGAGAUCCUUAUCGGCGCGUGCGUAGUGGGGGGGCAUGGGGUAUCGCUGCAGGCGACGGCGUUCUCGCUGCUGGACGACAUGUGUGCGCGCGGCAUCGUGCCGAACGCGAAUGUCUACACCAUGCUACUGCGGCUCCUGGCUAGGAGUACGGACUAUGUACGCCGCGCUAGAGUGCUCGAGCUUAUGCAGCAGAGGUGGUUUGAGGUGGGCGAGCAGGCGUGGGGGUGGGUGGUGCUGGGGUACCUCAAGGAUUGUCAAGUAGAGAUUGCGCUCGAGAUGGUGGUUGAGAGGGAGGAGCGCGGGUGGGAGGUUGGACGCUGGGUCUAUAAGGCGCUUGUUAAGAGGUUGGUGGAGUUGGGCGAGGUGCAGGAGGCUCUGAGAGUGCUCAGGAGGAUUGAGGGGGAGUUUGGCGGGCUGGUCUGGCAGGGUGUUAUGAGACCUGAGGGGAGGAGCAGAAUGUGGUGGGAGCUCCUGGUCAAGGGCGCAAAGGAUAUGAAUAUCGAAGUGACGCGCUACGUCUGGUACAAAGCCCUCGUGCACGAAGCGCCACUGCCGAUGUUCACGCCCUCCCUCGGCGAUUGCAACCUGGUGCUGAACUGCGCAGCGCGGCACUCCGACGCCUCCCUCGCCGCGGACGUCCUCCGCGUGCUCACCGAAGAAGGCCUCCCGCUCAGCGAGCACCACUACGCCUCACUCCUCGAAGCGACAGCCAGCAACUCCCCGACCAAAUGCUUCAGCAUCCUCUCGCACAUGCGGUCGAUCGGUCUCCCCCCAACCGCUUUCACCGCGCAGCCGCUCGUCUUGCACCUCUCCCAAACCAAAUCCGCCACCGACGCCGCAUCCACCUCGCUGCUCGACCUCGGGGGAACAGCGGACCUCGCCGCAGUCGAAUCUGUUCUCGCCGCGUACUGCGCGCUCGGCGAGCUCGACGCGGCGUUCGACGUGUACACCACGAUCGCGCAGCUGACCUCUGCCAUGCCCACAACUCACACCUUCAACAUCCUCCUCGCCGGCUGCGCCGCCGCCGGCGAGAAGGCACUCGCCCUCUACACGCUCGCGGAAAUGCGCGGGAUGCAGGUGCCGCCUGAUCAGGAGUCGUAUGAUGCUAUGGUGCGUGUAUGCGUCAAUGCGUGUGAGCCUGACGCUGAGGGGGUGGAGCGACCGUGGGACGAUGAUGUCUGGACCUGGCUGGAGGCAAUGAAGCUCAAGCGCUGGAGGCUACGGAGGAAGUCGUAUGAGCUCUUGGCGAUCGGCUGUGCGAAGAGGGGCGAUGAGAGGGCGGUGAAGGUGGUUGAGGAGCUGGCGAGGAUACAUCCGGUCGGAAAGGUCGAUGCGCUGAGGGCGGAGGUGGGGAGGAAGCUUGUGUGGGUGAAGGGGAGGGAGGGGAGGGAGGGGAGGUAG